AUGAGGGACAGUCUGCCUUGCAUAAACGUCCUUCCCACCGACCGCACUUCAAUAGUUUCCGAUACUAGUACUCUGAUAGGAUCAGACUCAAAUGCAUUCCCGAAACAACCUCCCCAUAACAGUCACCACAACAGUAUGAACAGUAACAUAUAUCAUAGCCCCAAGGCCAGCAGCCCUUUGGUGAGCUAUAAGAUGUCAUCUCCUGUGCUUUUGAAGAGGGCGACUGCUCCCGUACUCCCAAGUUUUAAGCCCAAAGAGCAGCGAUAUAGUAAACCACAAGGUUGCUCGCUAAUAACUGCUGUGGAACUGGGCAAGCUUAUCGACACUUUACCGCGAGAAGAAGUGCUUUUACUGGACGUGAGACCGUUUACCGAACACGCCAAAUCCAUCAUUAUAGACUCCAUUCAUGUUUGUCUACCUUCUACGCUUUUAAGAAGAAAGAAUUUUACCUUUUCCAAACUCCUGGAAAAUUUGACUCCCAGUGAGCAAACUAUGUUGAGAGGCAAACUCUCUGUAGACAACCUUCGCAUUAUCAUUUAUGAUAACACUGCAAACCAAACAGAAAGCUCUGUCUCUUUGCCUUGCUUUGGCAUUGCUUCCAAGCUAGUAGAAUUCGAUACUGAAGCCAAAAAAACAGUAUCCGUACUGAUGUGUGGCUUUUCUCAAUUUAAAAUUAUAUUUCCAGACCAUAUCAAAACAAGUGUCAAUAACGCAGAUUGCAUUGCUUCCUUCGAACCUAAAAGUCCCAAGAUCAACCCUUACAGUAAAGUACACAGCACAGUUCCGCACAUAACGGCAACUACUCCAUUGUCGUCCCCGCAAAUGAACCUUAGGUUAAACGUCCCUGAUGAUAAUAGAUCGGACCACUCAAGCCUUUCCAACUCUCCCACCCCACGUAAUAUUCUCGCAGACUCCCCCAUAUCUUCAUCUUCUCCCAUAUCCGCCCUAUUCAAAUUCCAACUACCGGCGCCUCAAACAAAUAUCAAUCAGAUAUUCAAAUUCUCGCAAAACGAAGAAAUAAUGGACCUGGAAACAUACUUGAGUGCAGUUAACAUCAAAGAAGAACAUGAAAGAUGGUGCAGUAAUGAUUCCGCAAAGAAUUCCUUACAAAAUUUUCAAUUUCCAAAGAAACAAGCUUCCCGUACCAUGGACACUAAUAAAGACAAACUAGGCUUCCAGAUCAAAUAUGAAAAAAUGCGCAAAAUCUAUAGACAAGAAGAUAUUGAUUCUAUAAUACCUGAAUGGUUCCAACACCUGAUGACAAUCUCUAAAAUUGAACUUGUCUCCCAAUUUCAGAAAUUGGAUUUCUUAGAGAAAAGACGUUUGAACCAUUCUUUAUCCUUUAAAAAACAGGAUAACACGUUUGUAAUUGAUGAGGCUUCAACAUACCUCGAGAAAUCGACCUCCACGUCCUCUUCUAUUAUCAUGCCUCCAAAAUUCCCUGACGUGGGUAAAGUACAAAAAAGAUCACACUCUCAACCAAUAUUCACUCAAUACAGUAAAUAUAAAUCUAUGUUAAGUCUUGAAUCAGACUCGGACUCGGACUCAGAUGACGUUAUAAUUUCAUCAGGCGUCGAACUGGGCGCCAAGAACAGGUACAAGGACAUUUUCCCCUAUGAGCAUUCAAGGGUAAUCCUAAGGAAAGGUUCGCAAUCAUCAAUAAACACUAAACGCUCACAUUCCACACCCGAUGGUGGUAUCCUGGACAAUUACAUCAACGCGAAUUAUUUAUCUCUGCCAAGAUUAUCCAUUGAGCAAAAUUUGACAUUCCCAACAGCAACUGCCACAGCAAGAAGAGUCCGUUAUAUUGCCACACAGGCGCCGAUGCCUUCUACCGUACACGAUUUUUAUACAUGCAUACUGAACAAUGGUGUCCCAUUGGUUCUUUCCUUAACAAACGAUUUCGAAAAUGGUAUUGAAAAGUGUUAUCGUUACUGGCAAGAAGGUAAUUAUAACGGGAUCCAGGUCAAAUUACUAGAAAAAAAAAUAUUAAGAAUGCCCAAUAGUAACAAUACAAGGGCAAAAACGAAGACUAUGAAAGAUAGCGAUUUCUUUUCAGCCAACACCAAAGGUGAUGAUGAUGGCGAUGACGAUGAUGACUCAAUAUUUAUCAGAAAGAUCCAAUUAAUUUAUCAUGAUCAAGAAAAACCCUAUGAGGUGUUACAGAUUCAAGUGAAAAAUUGGCCCGACUUAGGCACUUUGCUCAAUCCAACCUCGAUCGUGCAAGCAAUCAACAUAAAGAACCACAUAAUAGGUGCAUUAUUUGCAGGAAAAUUUUAUCAAGACGAUCAACUUCCUACGAUAUUGGUACAUUGUUCCGCAGGUUGUGGAAGAACCGGCACUUUAUGUACAGUGGAUUCCAUCCUCUCGAAUUUCGAAAUGUUUGAAGCUUUACAAAAGGAGUUCAUUAAAUUAAAAUAUCCAGCAAAAUUGUUUGAUCCAAUUUCUUGGAUAAUCAAUAUUUUUAGAAAGCAAAGAAUAUCCAUGGUCCAAAACAUCAAUCAGUUCAUUUUCAUUUAUGACUGUUUGUUAUUUUAUUUUAGAUUACGUCUUAAUGAUAUAACAGAUACAAAGGUCGAUGAUAAAAAUUGCAAUGACAACAUAUCAUUGACCUCGCUAAAUGACGAAAUCAAAGAUUUGAAGAUUUUGGAGACGUUUAUUAACGAUAAACUGAACGAACCUCCACAAUAA